UUCUCAUUCUUCUCUCACCCUCGGUCUCGAUGCAAAAGACGACUACAACAACAACCUUUACCAUCGGUACUCUCCUGUACAGACACUAACCUACCAAAUUACCCUAUCCAUCAACAAUAACCAAAUUAACAUCAUUAAUUAACUUAUGUAUGGCUUCCAUACUCACAAGCCCUCGCACUGUAGAAGAGAUCUUCAAAGAUUACGGCGCUCGUCGCUCUGCCCUCGUUCGUGCUCUCACUAUCGAAGCCGAUGAAGUUUACAUUCAAUGCGAUCCAGAAAAAGAAAAUUUGUGCUUGUAUGGACAUCCAACUGAGUCCUGGGAGGUGACUCUGCCAGCUGAGGAAGUUCCCCCGGAGCUCCCUGAGCCUGCUUUGGGCAUUAAUUUUGCCAGGGAUGGGAUGAGUCGUAAAGAUUGGCUCUCUCUUGUGGCUGUCCAUAGUGACUGUUGGUUGCUUUCCAUGGCAUUCUACUUUGGUGCACGACUUAAUCGCAACGACAGGAAGCGAUUGUUUAGCAUGAUAAAUGAUCUGCCCACCCUCUUUGAAAUUGUAACUGGGAGGAAACCAGCAGAAGACAAACCUAGUGCGGAAAGCGGCAGCAAGUCCAGGAAUAACACAAAGAGAUCAAUAGAUGGACAGGCGAGAAGUAAUUCCAAGUUAAGUUAUGUGGAGGAUGAAGACGAGCAUGGAGACACCAUUUGUGGGAGCUGUGCAGGGAACUACAAUGCCGAUGAGUUUUGGAUUGGUUGUGACAUCUGUGAACGAUGGUACCAUGGAAAAUGUGUGAAGAUAACACCUGCAAAAGCAGAAAGUAUCAAGCAGUACAAAUGCCCCUCUUGCAGCACAAAGAAGUCCAGGCACUAACAGACAGCAACGCUUUUGAGGGAUCGACCUCAUUAUUGCUCACUGAUGUUGUUCCAAAGCACGAUAGUUUUUUCUUUUAUUGCUUAAAAAAAAAGGUGUUAAGGUUCCAUCUGGGGAUCACAGUGCUUAUCUAAGUGAAUGUUGUUAUAACUUUGGGGUCUUCACACCGAGAAAUUCUUGUCUUAGAUUUUGGUUAACGAUAGUUUAUGGAGUAUGUGAUUAAUAUUAA